UUAAGCCUCUCCCCCCUCUCAUCGAUAGAGAAAUAAUAUCUUCUUCAUCGAACCCUACCUUUUUCGCUUUUUUCCCAGAAAAAUGAAUUGAAGAUUUGUCCAACCAUCCUAAAUCCUUUGAUCAGCUCAUCUUCUUCGUUUCCCGAUUCGAUCUCCUCAUCUCGUGAUUUUGCUGGAGAACUCCAACGAGUGAUAGAAAUUUCGCGAAGUUGGACAAGCUUACAUGGACACCGAACUGAACUCACCGCCGCAUGAGGGCGGUGCCGCUUUUAAAAAGCCUUCCAGCGACGGCUCUGGCAGAAAGUAUCGCCGCCGAGCUUUAGCUGACGAUGGCUCUUCCUCAUCUGAUGGAAGUCCUGAACGUGAUCAGAUCCCUAAGCUUUCUAGGGCAGAUGUUGGGAAAGUUUCUCAUGCCAGGAGAGAAGAUAGAGGGGAAUCAGAUGAUCGCAGUCGUCGUUAUGGUAGAGGUGGUAUUGAUAGGCACUCUAGGGAUGAUGAUCAUCACUACCGAUCUAAGCGCGAUGAGUACAACAGACAUCAUGAGAGGGAUGGAGCUAGAUCGAGCCGGGACUCAAGAAGUGAUCAUAGAAGAGCAGAUAAUGAACAUAGCAGGUCAAGAAAUGAUUCAGACAGAUAUUCCCGUAGGAAACACGCAGACUCCAGGGCGGAGGAUAAAGAGAAGGAUUAUGUGAAACGAGGUUCCCGCCAAUCCCGUGAUGAAAAGGAGCAUGAGGACCUUGAUAUUAACAAGGAGAAGGAUGCUCAUGCUAAAUCCCCUAGAGAUCGUCCUGAUGGUGCAAGUACUGAGAACCGAGAUGCUCAUUCCAAGAAACUGAAGGGGUUCGUUUCAGGAAAGUUUACCCAUGGCAAUACUAAUGCAGAAGAGAAACACACAUCGAGGUUUAAGCCAGCCCUCGGUUCAGGGAAUCAGGAUUUGUCAUUGCAAUCUCAUUCGAAAGGAGCUGAGGCUUCUGGUGAUGUCGAUGCUGCAAAAGUCGCAGCUAUGCAGGCUGCUGAAUUAGUGAAUAAAAACCUUGUUGGAACGGGUUACCUGACCACAGACCAAAAGAAGAAGUUACUGUGGGGAAAGAAGAAAAGCACAGCUACAGAAGAGCCUGCUCAUCGUUGGGAUAGUGCACUAGUUGGUGACCGAGAACGACAAGAAAAGUUCAACAAACUUAUGAGUCUGAGGUUGCGUUGGUGCAUCAUUGUAGGGUGUGAAAGGAGGGAGUGUAGUAAACCAAGAGCAGAACCCGAGUGAAGUCCAAGUCGAGAAGCAGAACGAGUUGCAGAAGGAUCUAGAGAAACAGUACACAGCAGGAUUAAGGAGGAGAGACGGACGUACGGUGGGGUUAGGUCUUUGAACAUGUUUGAUAAAUUAUCAUCAUACUCACGUCUUUUUGUCUAUCUAAAGACUCUUGUGGCAUCUCCUUUUUGUAAUCUACUACUACUCAUGUCAAAGCCCUUAAUAACGGUGGUGAACUCCAUGUGUGUAAGAAUAACGUUUGGUAAACCAUGUUUGAGACCACUCGAGCUUGAAUUUGAUUUUGAUUCCGACC